AUGUACAAGCACAUGGGCAUAUUACCCUACCCGCACGAGAUUGCGCCUUUCAAGAUCGAGCAAUCCCAUGGAAUGCUCAGCGGAAUUGUCGGCAAUUACUACCGCGCAGCGAUCCCCGUGACACAUGGGGACAUCCACAUGCCAGACCAUCACGACAUCGGCUUCCUGGGCAAGGAGGCCAACAGCCUCUCAGUGAGUUUGCGGAACUACAAGCUUACGCAGAUUCACGAGGAACACCCCGGGGACCGCCACAGCGCGUCCUCUCUGGUCGUGAAUGAGUUCCAUCAUUUUGUGAAGCGGCUCGCCACCUUGAUGAACCCCACCGACGAAACACUGAACGAAAUCUCGCAACGCGUGGGGCUCAUCGAAACCUUCAUCACGCGCUGCCACAUCUCGAUGCACAAGUACCGACCAUUCCUUUCCAUCAUGGUGAAGGUGAAGGAGCAGCUUCAGCAGAUCCUGAACAUCUGGCCCGCGUUUAAGACGCAGCAAAAGCUCCAGGAGCAGAUCCGGGCUGUGAAGCUGCACGUGGACGCAGCGCUCCUGCGGCUGCUGGGCUACUGCUUCUACGUCCUGAAGUGCGAGCCCGGGGAGUUCGACUUCGAUCCACAGGACUGGCACCCGGCCAUCCAGGAGACCGAGAGCGUCCACUUCAAGAUCAUGCACUGGCUGAUGCUGCAGGAAAAUGUGUACGACGCCUGCACAAACCACAGCGUGGACCGGAACGUCUGGAUGAAACAGCUUAUGGCCACCGGCUAUGAGGGGGACAUCCUCCACCAGAUGAACGAGGCCUGGACGGACCCAAAUGCCAUGAGCGAGCCGGUCCUGCAGCUUGGGGACAUGCGCGGGGACGAGUCCGGCCUGCCCUCCAACGUCUUCGCCGAAGAGACCGACAUGAGCCCCGACCAGCGCCGCUCCGCCAUCCAGCUUUGGCUGACGCUGGUCCGCGAGGCAGUGGGCUUUGCAAUGGGCGCCAAGAUGAUGGACCAUGCCUACACGCUCAGUUGCCUCGGUGGCGAGCUGCUCAUUGCAAAGAAGACAUCCAAGGAUCUGGCCUUGUCUACCUUGAAGUUUGUGCGGAACCGGCUGGCAGAGGUGACCCAGACGAUGAUGUCGCUGGACCGAAUCAUGCUCCCCGUCUUGGCCAAAGGGAAGAUGAAGAACUCGGAGAACUACCUCUGGAACAAUCGCGCCUUUGUGAACUGGUCCCGGAACUACGAGUACGCUAAGACCCACUGCGCGCCGGGUAUCAUAACCCACGCGCACGAGGCACGACAGACCAUUGUCGAACUCGAGUCUGAGAUUGCGGACCUGGAUGUGGCGCAAGUAGAGAAGAAGAUCGGUGACGUGGGCAAGUCGCUGAUCUCGCUGUGCAAGAACUCCUGCCAACUCUUCAACGAGCCCCAUUCGCUGACGGGGGUGGACGAGUUGCCCCCCAUGCCAGAGCUGGAAGACGCCACUCCCACGGAGGGCAAAAAGGAGCUUCAGAUAAAGACGGCCAGCCCUUCUGGUGCUUCUGUUCGACCUUGCCUGGCGGCUUUGCAGAACCAACUGGACCGCGAGGAAACAUGCCUUCAGAGCUCAGGCUCUUUGUGCAGCGUGGGCUAUUUGUCUUCACGAAGCUGGAUCCCUGCAGCUGUGGCUCAGCUCUCGCCAACCUCUGGGCACGAGCUUGCCAAGUUCAUCAUCCGCGUGACUCUCGAGGGCCCAGAUCCGUAUGCGCCCCGGGCUCCAGCGACUCCGAUGCCCUUCAAUUCGAUGGACUCAAUCGAGCCCUUUGAGGACACGACCGACACAAAAGUCGUUGAGUUCUGGAGGCGAGUACGCUUUGAGGACAUUGCCGAGGUGGUGCAGUUUAUUUCGCCUGAGCCAAUUCUCAGCGUGGCUGCUGGUGGCCUCGGGUCAGUUUUGGGCAUCGAGCACUUUGGCGACGUGCUCCGGAACCUCACGGAGAAUGACGAGAAGGCCCAGCGAGCCUCCCUGAACGGUCUGCUGGCACUGCCGCGGCGAGAGCGCUUGAAAGGGGUGCGGAGGUGCCUGGGAGAGCUGGAGGAGGACCUGCUGCAACGCAUCCCACCCGGCCAUGCUCAGACGCUGACUCGGGAGCUGGCACUGGCGCUGGACCCGGCCGCGAAGACGCAGCGCCUCAGCGCCGGCUCCGUGGGUUUCCCCGUCAGCCCUUCCGCCAAGGAGCCCAAGAGGAAAACUCCCACCUCGGGCCUGGUGACUUUGGUGCGCCUGGAUCUGGACCUUCAGGUCUCCGGGCGUUGCUGUGUCAACGCUCGGCUGAACUGGGCGGCGCAACUCACGGUCCUGACGCUGCCCUCCUUAAAGGAGUUGGUGGCCCGGGUCUGUGCCAAGUCGCAAGAUGUUUUGAAAGGAAAGUCGGACAGAGAGUCCCAAGAGUACCAACAGCGCCUGCAGGAGGAGCUGUUUGCUUUCAUUUCCUCUGGUACAGAUUUGAUGAGGAAGCGUUUCAGCCCGUCGCAUUAUCCGGAGGUCCAGCAGUGGCUCCGAGAGGGAUACACUGUUCGGAGCGUGCAGGCCACGCCGGUACAAGGGGAGGAGUGCACCGUAAGCUGA